AUGUCUCCGCUAACAAGCCCAGCGCCUUCCUCGCAGCCGACCAAUGUCUUGAUCCUUCUGCACGGCCUCGGAGACACGCAUGAGCCUUUCACCAAGCUUGGACAACAGCUGAACCUGCCAGAGACAGCAUGUAUCGCAGUGCAGGCCCCCAACCCGGUACCGUUCGAUCUUGGCGGGAUGAACUGGGGUGAAGAUAUGAUUUUUGACUCGAGCACCGGCGAAAUGGACAUGGACACAGGUCUAGAGAAGUCUGUGAAGCUGGUGCUCGACGAUGUCAUUCGCAAAGGGCUUAUCGACAAGUGUGGCUACAAAGCGCGCGAGAUUAUGAUAUUUGGGUUUGCACAGGGCGGCAUGGUCGGGCUACAGGUUGCCGCCGAGCUCUAUGGCGAAGAGCUCGGCGGGGUAAUCAGCGUUGGCGGUCCGCUGUCACAAUCUGUGCCGCUCAAAGCGCUACAAAACAAGAGCAAGACACCAGUACUGGUCUGCAAGGCGAACAAAAAGUCGUCAGUCAGCGACAGUGCAAUUUCCAAGCUCAAAGACGCUUUUGAGUACGUCGAAAUUGCAGAGUGGAAGAAGAACGGCGACAGUAUGCCGAGCAACCGCGAAGAGAUGAUGCCCAUUAUGCAAUUCUUUGCCCGCCGGCUCCGAAGCACCAAAGGCGUACCCGCUGGAAGCGUCGAGCUCAGCUAG